UGCGCUUUAAGAGUAAGUCGGACAUUUCUCCGGUAACUCCAGUGUUUGACCUUCUACCGGAUGUGCUUCCUGUUUGAGUUCCAUGGUCGGGAACAUGUUUUUAUUGAAGAUGUGUACACUGCACAGGCUGCUAGCACGGAGUGUGUGCCCUGUGUUCCUGCACCACGGCCAGGCCUCUCUGCUCCACACCCAGCCUCCUCAGCUGAAUUCCAACAGGACGUCGGUGGUGCGCUGCAGCCGGCAGAAGUAUGAGAGGGCGUUCCCUGUGAUACUGGUGCGGCCUGAUGGAGCAACAGUCAACAUCAGAUACAAAGAACCCAGACGCAUCCUGAUGAUGCCAGUCAACCUGUCCACUCUGACUGAAGAGGAGCGUCGUGCUCGACAGAAAAAGAGAGCAGUGAAGAAGACGAAAGAACAAACAGCAGUGGACUAUGAGGACGACUUCACGGCGGACAAAUACAGCAAAUUCUGGAAGAAGAAGUAAUGAGGAGAAACAAUGAAACAUGACAUUAAAGAUCAGAAUAGAAGCUUCCAUUUGUCCAUAUAUUAUGUUGUAUGAUUGUAUUAUUGACAAAAAAAGACUUGGUGGUGGGACAGUGAAAAGCUUCGUAUGGCAGAGAGACAUGUAGCAGGAGCUCUGCUUUCCUUACAUUGUCAACAACCUGCUGAAGCUGGAAUCCAUAACAACGUUGAGUCAAUAAAUUGGUUUGAACUGUG